AUGUCUAAUUCCGCCCAAUAUGGACCUUCUUCGGACUCGCGCUCCUUGACUCCCGUCUGCAGAGUGCCACCCCCAAGACAUACUAAACCAUUGGACCCCAACAUGGCAAAUCCACGGCUUAUUAUCAAUCGCCCUCUCAUUUAUGAGCGCCGACUGCCUGGUGAUGCGUACAUAACAGGUCACGUCCAGCGACUGCAACACGGCUACUACUCAACGGAUGCUGUAUCCGACGAGAGCGCCGAACACGUUGACUUUCUCGCCAUUGCGUUCACCUUCCAUUCACCGCACACCAUCACCCACCGAAUCAAGUCUGCCGUUAUCAAAGUUUCAGUUCACGGAAACCGUGAGAAUUCUAGUUCAAAGCAUUAUCCUUACGGGCAUCCACCAGGCAACCCGCGCUUUCUUAUGCAUGCGCCGCAUCUGAUUUACGGCACUGUUUCUCCAGAGACCUUGGAGUGGACAUUCAGUCUUGCUGGGUCUCUUGGGGUAGCGGAGCUGCCCGUUAGCGCAAGCGUGAUCCCUUCUGGGAGUGUCAAUGGUCGCUAUAAACGGUACGAGAUGAUGCGCGUCCAAGGCUCGGCUCGAACCUUGAGAAGCCCAGCUGGGCGUAAGUUCGACGUCGAGUGUGGCCAAAUCGUCUGGUCGAUGGAGGAGAAUAACUUCCAGCGGUCCGGGCUGCCGCGCGAGUUCACCUUUGUCAUGCUAGUUCAGAAACCCUCGGCCAAAAGCAGGAUAUCUCUAUCGAUCGAGGUCGAUCCCGUCAUCGACGCGAUGCUUGGCAGUUACCCGUCAGUGAUGUUGAAACUGCCAGAGUACCAACCUUUACCACGUCGGGGCGUCGAUUUUCAACGAGAAAUUGGACAGAGAUUUGAGCCCGCAGACCCGGAUCGAGGGUUCAACUUUGCCAAAUUGGGAAGCAUGUUCGAUGAGUAUAUUGCUAUGCCGGGAAGGAAAUUCAGCCGCCAGAUCCAGAUUCCAACUGAGACCGACACUCCGGAUAAUCACUUCCAGGGCACCUACCCAGGCCGAUACGGGCCCUUUGACCUGAACUCUUACCAACAGCAAUUGCAGACCAGUAAUCUGUUUUUGCAGAAUAACCUCCUUCAAACGACCCUUCAAACCUUUUGGAACACUCCGUGCCGGGGGGAUAACACUCAACCUCUUCAGCAGCAAACCGUUCCUUCUCAUGAACAGAACCGAGAUCACGACGCUACCAAUGCUCGACGGGAUGUCGUCGGGGCUUGUCGUGCUUUCCCUGUUGGCGGAAGUAGUAGCUCUGCGUCCAUUCCUCGACAGCGAAUCAUGAGCAUGGCCAACUUGCCUUUGUCAGCGGAAUUAAUCUCGGCUCUAUCGGAGGGAUGA